AAUGCUGCUCAGAGGUGGCUUAAAUCCAUUUACACAGCAGUGAUAACCAUAUAUUUUGAUGUUAGGGGCCGAGGCAGUUCAGAGCAGGCAUAAUUUACAUUAUAGCUAUAUUAUAGGAUAUAAUUUUUAAUGUACGUUAAGGGUAGGCUAACACUUAAGGUUUAGGAACCAAUUAUCCCUGUAGUGGCUCACUAUCAUUCAUUGCAUAUUUGCUGUUAAUAUUAUUAAUUAAAAAGCAAAUAUGAAUUCCUUAUUUUACAUGACCAUAUUUUAAAUCCCUUAAUCCUUCCCCAUACCGAAACAUUACAACUAGGCCUAUCUAUUAGCUGUACAUUUAUUGAGGCAAAAGUCAUAGUUAAUUGUGAGAACUGAUCCUUUUUUUAAUUUCUGAAUUUGAUAAUUAAAUAAAUGCCGCCUUUUAACAUUCACAAUGUGUAUUCUAGCUCUGCGAAUUUACAAAACGAAAUAUUUUAGAGUUUGGGAAUCUGCAGACGAGAGGAGUUCAUGUGACGUCUGUUCCCGGGAGAUCGACGGAGGCGUGAGUGAGUGAGUGAGUGGCGCGCGCGAAGGAUGCUGAGCUGAACAGCUGAUUCUGUGCAUUUAACCAGUAUGGACAGCUCCAUUACGCUAACCUAGCAUCUAUUGCAGUAUAUAAAGGGAUACAUUUUCACUAAACGCUGCAAAGGAAAAGGCACCAGCCUCACAAUGGAGCGUGCUCUUCAUUCACCUGGACGGACACGGGAAGAGUACCGGUACCAAACGGUGCGUCCUUCAUCCCAGCUCACUUCAAGGUCUGCCUUCAGCUUUGGGUCUACAGCACCGCCGAGAGGUAAUGCAAUCCUUAGCGAAUUCGCCGCUAAUCCGGCCGAAAGCUUCGAUUUUACAAACAAAUAUGCAGGUGGAAAGAAUCUGAGGAAAAUCAGUGAGAAAGAGUUACUGCAGGGGCUCAAUGACCGCUUCGCCGGAUUCAUCGAGAAGGUCCAUCACCUGGAAAACCAAAACAGAGCACUAGAGAAAGAAAUCGAGGCUAUUAAACUGAGAGCAAAAUCCUCUGCCUCUCUGUCCAAAGAGUAUGACCCAGAACUUAGUAGUCUGAGGCAGCAAGUUCAUGAGAUAGGCCUUCAAAAGCAUCAAAUUGAGACAAACCGCCAGAACCUGGAGCAAGAGUUUAACACUUUGAGAGAAAAGUAUGAGAGAGAGGCUCGUGGUCGAGGCGAUGUGGAGGACAGCAUAUCAGUACUAAAGAAUUGCAUUAGUGAUGCAUACCUAGCCAAACAAGAGAUGGACAGGAAAGCUAAAGCUCUCGAAGAGGAGAUAAGCUUCUUGAAGAAAAACCACGAAAGCGAGGUAGCCGAAAUGAUGGCUCAAAUUCAAGAGGGUCACGUGACAGCAGAAAGAAGUGAUUUUAGUAGAAGUGAUGUCACUGCAGCUCUGAGAGACAUCAGGAUGCAACUCGAAGGUCACACGGAUCCUGACAUCCGAUAUGCUGAGGAACGCUUUCGAGCGCAGCUCGCUAAACUGACCAAAGCUGCUGAGGUCAACAGAGAAGCCCUCAUGGCCACUAAAGCAGAGAUUAAUGAACACCGGAGACAGCUCCAGUCCAGGAGCAUUGAGCUCGACUCUGUGAAUGGAGUGAGGGAAGCGCUGGAGAGGCAGCUGUAUGACCUCGAGCAACGGCACAAUGCUGAAAUCCAUCACUACCAGGACACAAUCAGAGAGCUGGAAUUUGAGCUGAAAAAUGCUAAAUGUGACAUGAGCAGUCAUCUGAAGGAGUACCAGGACCUUCUCAAUGUCAAAACGGCACUGGACACUGAAAUUUAUUCCUACAGAAAACUUCUGGAGGGUGAAGAGUCAAGGUACUCUACAAUCUCAGAUGCGCACAUUUCAGUACCAUACAUUUACAGACAGUCACCCAUCUAUACUAUCCCUUGUGUCAAAAGGCAGGGGGGAGCAACUCAAAAAGCAGAGCCUCAGUACAAAUUUGUUGAAGAGAUUAUUACAGAAACCACCAGAGAAGAUGUGGAGAUAUCAGACACUGGCUCUGAAAAGAGUGAGGAGGGAAGAGAGGGUGACAAACCAGACGAGGAGAGUGGUGAGAAAGAUGCAGAGGGUGAAACUCCACAAGUGGCGAAAGAUACUGAAGAACCAGUCAUAGUGAAUGGCAAUGAAACCAAUCCUGAAUUAGAUACAGAGGAAACUGAAGUCGAACUAAGUGUUGAAAAAGAAGAUGAGCCAGCUGAUUCUGAGGUACAAAAAGAUGCUGACUCUGAACCAACCCAGGACUCUACAGAACAAGCCACUGAUGAACAAGAUAAAGAUGAGGAUGCAAAAGGCACAGAGCACAAAGACCUGAAGAAUGACGUGCAGGGAAAGGUAGAAGAACCUGAGGAGGAAAAUAAACAAGCUAAAGAGACAAAGAAAGAUGUCCCCAAACCAGAUCUGUCAGAAAAUCAAGAAAUGCCAGAGAAAUCAGAAAUUGUACCAAAAGACAAACCAUCUCAAGAACCACAGGAUCCUGAAGCAACAACUGAAGUUAAACCUAAGCCUGGUGGGCAGACUGUUGGGGUAACUUCUCCAAAAACCGAAGAUGCUAAAAUCUCAUCUCAAGAAUCUACAACUGCAAAAUCAACAGAGAAAGAGAAAGAAUUAGCUCCAGUGCAGCCUGUGGAGGAAGAUACUCCCAAAUCAGAUAAACAAGCAUCUCCCGAACAUACGGAGAGUGGAAAACAGACUACUGGAGAGGACACUUCUUCAAAAAGAGACAAACCUGAUACUGUAAAGGAAGAAACUAAGAAAUAUGAGCCUAUGGAAAAAGACCAAGAGGAUAACAACAAACUAACAGAGAAACCUGUGGGGACAAAGCAAGAGGCUCAAUCAAGUAAAGAAGAAAAGGAACAUAAACCUGAAGAGUCUGUAAAAGAUAGCAAAGUUGAACUGGUAGACAACAUGAAAACAGAAAAGGAUGCAAGUAUCAGUGCUAAAGGACAAGAAAAGACACAAAAAGAGCUUUCAAAGGAUGCAGAAGGACAUUCACAACCUGAAGAGUCAAAGAAACAGGAGGAAAGCAGUAGUAGUCAAACAAGUGUGACAAAAGAAAAGGGUGAAACUGGCAAGCUAAAAGAAACAGAAAAGACACAAGAAGACCUUUCCAAAGUUGCUGACGAAAAAUCCCAACCUCAAAAGUCUCAAAUACAGGAGGACCAAAAAAGUGUAGACAGCAUCAAAACAGAAAAGGUUGAGCAUGCCAAGACUAAUGAAAUUGAAAAGACAGAAGAGGACCUUUCAGAAGUUGUGGCAGAAAAAUCACAACCUGAAAAGUCACAGAUAUCAGAGGACCAAAAAAGUGACAGUGUAAAAACAGAUAAGGCUGAACACGCUAAGUCUAAAGAAACAGAAAAGGAUGCAAGUAUCAGUGCCAAAGAACAAGAAAAGACACAAAAAGAGCUUUCAAAAGAUGCAGAAAAACAAUCACAACCUGAAAAGUCAAAGAAACAGGAGGAAAGCAGUAGUAGUCAAACAAGUGUGACAAAAGAAAAGGGUGAAACUGGCAAGCUAAAAGAAACAGAAAAGACACAAGAAGACCUUUCCAAAGUUGCUGACGAAAAAUCCCAACCUGAAAAGUCUCAAAUACAGGAAGACCAAAAAAGUGUAGACAGCAUCAUAAAAGAAAAGGUUGAGCAUGCUGAGACUAACAAAACUGAAAAGACAGAAGAGGACCUUUCAGAAGAUGUGGCAGAAAAAUCACAACCUGAAAAGUCACAGAUACCGGAGGACCAAAAAAGUGACCGUGUAAAAACAGAAAAGGCUGAACACGCUAAGUCUAAAGAAACAGAAAAGGAUGCAAGUAUCAGUGCUAAAGAACAAGAAAAGACACAAAAAGAGCUUUCAAAAGAUGCAGAAAAACAAUCACAACCUGAAAAGUCAAAGAAACAGGAGGACAGCAGUAGUAGUCAAACAAGUGUGACAAUAGAAAAGGGUGAAACUGGCAAGCUAAAAGAAACAGAAAAGACACAAGAAGACCUUUCCAAAGUUGUGGCAGAAAAAUCACAACCUGAAAAGUCACAGAUACAGGAAGACCAAAAAAGUGUAGACAGCAUCAUAAAAGAAAAGGUUGAGCAUGCUGAGACUAACAAAACUGAAAAGACAGAAGAGGACCUUUCAGAAGAUGUGGCAGAAAAAUCACAACCUGAAAAGUCACAGAUACCGGAGGACCAAAAAAGUGACCGUGUAAAAACAGAAAAGGCUGAACACGCUAAGCCUAAAGAAACAGAAAAGGAUGCAAGUAUCAGUGCUAAAGAACAAGAAAAGACACAAAAAGAGCUUUCAAAAGAUGCAGAAGAACAAUCACAACCUGAAAAGUCAAAGAAACAGGCGGACAGCAGUAGUAGUCAAACAAGUGUGACAAAAGAAAAGGGUGAAACUGGCAAGCUAAAAGAAACAGAAAAGACACAAGAAGACCUUUCCAAAGUUGUGGCAGAAAAAUCACAACCUGAAAAGUCACAGAUACCAGAUGACCAAAAAAGUGACAGUGUAAAAACAGAAAAGGCUGAAGACGCUAAGCAUAAAGAAAAAGAAAAGACACACAAGGACCUCUCCAAAGAUGAGGAAGAAAAAUCACCUGAAGAGUCAAAGAAACAACAGGAGGUCAGCAGUAGUAGUCAAACAAGUGUGACAAUAGAAAAGGGUGAGACUGGCAAGCUAAAAGAAACAGAAAAGACACAAGAAGACCUUUCCAAAGUUGCUGACGAAAAAUCCCAACCUCAAAAGUCUCAAAUACAGGAGGACCAAAAAAGUGUAGACAGCAUCAUAACAGAAAAGGUUGAGCAUGCCGAGACUAACGAAACUGAAAAGACACAAGAGGACCUUUCAGAAGUUGUGGAAGAAAAAUCACAACCUGAAAAGUCACAGAUAUCAGAGGACCAAAAAAGUGACAGUGUAAAAACAGAAAAGGCUGAACACGCUAAGUCUACAGAAACAGAAAAGACACACAAGGACCUCUCCAAAGGUGAGCAAGAAAAAUCACCUGAAGAGUCAAAGAAACAACAGGAGAGCAAAAGCGAUAGCAGUUCUGAAAGUGCAACAAGUGGAGAGGAAGCUAAAGUCACAGAGAAACAGGUUGAUGAAACACGGAGUAAUCAACCCCCCAAAACUCAGGAAAUAACAUCUGAUGCAAAGUCUGAGCAAAAGGAUAUUAAAAAAAGCAAAGAGGAGAUGCCUGAUAAAACUGUAGAGGUGGAUAGUGUGACAACCAAAGGCAGUGAAACCAGCAAAGAUGUUAAAAGUGAAGAAACUCUUCCAGAAGACAGUGGUGCACAUGAGCAGGUCAAAGAGAGCAGCAAGCAGGACAACAUGGACAUCAAAGGUCCAGAAGAAACAACUAAGCCCUAUAGUGGAAUGUAGAAUAUAAACAGCAGGAAAAAAAAUUUGAAAAGAGAAUGUUCAAAUCGCCCCCUUUUGAGCAUGACUUUAGAAACUGCUAACAGGAAGUGUGAUGUUUCUGAUGCAGAUGCAUGAGUACACUGUGAUCUGUGUGUACAUAAUGAAUGUGAAUUACGAGGAAUGUGCAAGAUUUUAUUUUGCUUUGUCCCUCGCUCUGAUCAGCCGAAUGUAUGUAUUAAAACAACGCUACAUAUUAACUGAAUAAAUACUGCAGCAUAUCA